AUGGCGAUCCUGUACGCGUUGGUGGCGCGGGGGACGGUGGUGUUGGCGGAGUUUAGCGCGGCGCAGGGCAACGCGGCGGCGAUCGCGCGGCAGAUCCUGGAGAAGCUCCCCUCCGGCGACGGCGCCGGCGAUAGCCACGUGUCGUACUCGCAGGACCGCUACGUGUUCCACGUGAAGCGCACCGAUGGGAUCACCGUCCUCUGCAUGGCCGACGACACCGCGGGGCGGAGAAUUCCCUUUGCAUUUCUGGAGGACAUUCACGGAAGAUUCGUGAAGACAUAUGGUCGCGCUUGUCAUACAGCUCUUGCAUAUGCGAUGAAUGAUGAAUUCUCAAGGGUUUUGAGUCAGCAGAUGGACUAUUAUUCAAACGACCCCAAUGCAGAUAGAGUAAAUCGCAUUAGAGGCGAAAUGAGUCAGGUGCGUAAUGUCAUGAUUGAAAAUAUUGACAAAGUCCUGGAAAGAGGAGAUAGAUUGGAACUGCUAGUCGAUAAGACUGCGCAGAUGCAAGGGAAGACGAUCCGCUUCAGAAAACAGGCUCGCCGCUUCAGGAACACGGUGUGGUGGAGAAAUGUUAAGCUCACCAUCGCGGUGAUUAUCCUCCUCUUGAUAAUCAUUUAUGUCAUUCUUGUUUUCGUUUGCCACGGCAUCACUCUUCCGUCCUGCAUUAGGUAAGUUAUGGUUUGUGCUCCGGUACGAGUUUGCGAAGCGAUACUAUUUCUUUUGUGGCUUUUGUGUCAGUGAAGAACAUAAUAUUUUGUAUUGUUUCAUUGUUUCGGGUCGGAAAAUGUUAUCUGUAUCUGCAUUCUAUUCCAUCUUGUCGAUUGGGUUUGUUACUAAAUUGAUUUAAGUUUUCCGUCGCACUUCAGUAUGUGCAUGACCAGCUAAACCAUGCUAUUUUUGAUGCGUGUGAUGAACAGAAAAUAAAGAGAACUAGGAACCAA